AUGAACAAUAUGCCGCAAACACCUACAAGAGCUCGGAUACGACAGCAAAAACUCAAGUAUACAUUUAUUGGGUACUUAAUUGUGCUUAUUUUUCUUGCAUUAUCACAAUUUAUUGGCCUUGGAUUCUUUACACUGGGGUUUCUUCUUUCGCGGAAGGUCCUACCGAAUAUCUCCACUUGUGCCGAUGGGUCCUGCGUUGAACCAAGGUUCGAGAAAGCCGUGGUAUUAGUGAUUGAUGCCCUUCGAUUUGACUUUGUUAUCCCAGUGCCAGGGUCAACCGAAUACUACCACAAUAACUUCCCCAUUCUUUACGAUCUUGCACAAUCCGAUAAUGCUGUAUUACUCAAAUUUAUUGCAGAUCCGCCCACUACAACAUUACAAAGGUUGAAAGGCUUGACAACGGGCUCACUACCGACAAUCAUUGAUGCCGGGUCCAAUUUCAAUGGAGACGCCAUAGAUGAAGAUAAUUGGUUGUUGCAAUUGUACAAACAAAAUAAAACAAUUGCAUUCAUGGGCGAUGAUACAUGGACGGCUUUAUUCAAUGAAUAUAUCCAUCCCGAUUUGCAUUUUCCUUACGAUUCAUUAAAUGUAUGGGAUUUGCAUACUGUUGAUAACGGAGUCAUUGAACAUUUAUUCCCUUUGUUGGAAAAUAAAAUAGCGACAAAGCAUAUAAAUCAGCCACCAAAUGGACAACAGCCAGAAAAACAAUCACCUCCACAAUGGGAUUUGUUGAUUGGCCAUUUCUUGGGAGUAGAUCAUGUGGGCCAUCGGUUUGGACCAAGACAUUAUUCAAUGAAGGAGAAGUUGAAUCAAAUGAACAAAAUUAUAGAAAAAGUUGUUAAAGAACUUGAUGACGAAACGCUUUUGGUUGUAAUGGGUGACCACGGAAUGGACUAUACUGGUAACCACGGAGGCGAUGCGCCUGAUGAAUUGGAGAGUACUUUGUUUAUGUAUUCAAAGAAGACAAAAUUUAUGAAAAAAGAUGAGAAGGUGUAUGAUAUAAGCGAUUUGGGGAAAAAUUAUAGACUGGUGAAUCAGAUUGAUUUAGUAUCUACCAUGUCGUUGCUUUUGGGGCUCCCCAUCCCAUUCAACAAUUUGGGGUUCCCAAUAGAUGAAGCGUUUGGAUCUAUAAAAGCAUUACUCGUUGGAGCUAGCAAGACAAUUGAACAAAUUAUUCGAUUUAGGACUUUAACCCCGACUUUGUCAAAGUCUUUGCAUGAACAACACAAUGAGUGGCUAGGUGUCGAGUUUAGAGGAAGUAUUAAUGACCUUUCUUUACUAGAAAAACUCAAGAGUUUCCAGUAUGCAUCAUUAGAAGAGUGCAAAUCUCUUUGGGCAAGGUUUGACCUCAAGUUCAUUGGCAUUGGUAUCGCACUUCUUUUUCUUUCACUCACAUUUAUGAUUACUUAUGCUAGAUCGAUACCAGCAGUAAGGGUCCUGACUAUGUCAUUUGAAUUUAUUGGUUCUGUGGUUGCAAUGACCAUCAUGGGCAUUGUUCUUAGUUUUUCCAUAUUUAUUGUCCUUAAGCCAGGUGACUUUACACUCAAGAUUUGUCUAUUCAUAGGCGCAGCAUUGGGUAUGAUGAUUGGGUUUUGGGCGCCGAUAAUGGACCGAUUUAGUGUUGAUUUUAUUUGGCAUCAAACGGUUGAUUUUUUUCUCUACAAUUUCAACAGCUGGUCCUUUAUGGGUAUAAUAUUUGUUGCAUUCCAUUGCCUUAUGUUUGCCUCAAACUCAUAUGUUGUUUGGGAGGACAAAAUGGUGCUGUUUUUUUUGCUUUCUUUUGGAGGUAGUUGUGUUUAUGCGUUGGCUACAAAAACAGGCAUGACCAAACAGGCAAGAAUUUUGGCUAUUAGCCAUGCAGUUACAUUUGUUAUUUUAACUAGACUUUCUUCAAUGAUCAACGCUUGCAGAGAAGAGCAACGGCCAUAUUGCCAAUCUACAUUCAACACACUGUGGUGGUCAAUUGUGUUAUUGCACAUGAUUUCUUAUUUACUUCCAUCGGCAGUAAAAUCUUUUUACAAGCUUUCCAAUUCAUACUAUUCAGCAGCACCCUUAUGGAUAGGCACGGGACUCAAAUUCCUUUUAUUUAUGAAUGCCAUGUAUUGGACUUUGGAGUAUGUUCUGCAUAACGAGAUGCUUAAAUCCAGCACUGGAGAUUCCAUGAUUGGUGGUCCUCUUGUCAAGUCGCUCAAGAUUGCUAUUGCUAGAUUGGUUUUAUUUGUGUCUUUGGUUCUUGCGAAUUUCAGUUGGUCGCGAGGACCACUCUGCGUAAGAUUGGAAUUGGAAGAGGAUAUGGAUGUCGAUGGCGAUUCUGAUGAUAUAACGAAUCAAAAAUCAGCAAGGAUCUUGGGAUACGGCAAUGUCUAUGGCUCAUCGUUCUUUUUAUUGGUUUUGAACGUCACGGUUGCAGUAAUGUUGACGACCAAGCCAUUGGGGGCACUUUCCAUCAGUUUCUUGAUAAUUCAAAUUCUUUCAUUACUAGAAAUUGUUGACAUAUUGGGCAUUAGAAAAAACUUGAUCUCACCCAUUAUUUUGGGUCUUCUUGGAUACCAACAUUUUUUCAGCACUGGACAUCAAGCCACCAUUCCUUCAAUUCAAUGGGAGUUAGGUUUCAUGACUACAGAAACAAUCAUAUUUCCAUUCACGCAUUUGAACAUUGUAUUGAAUACAUUUGGUCCUUUUUUCAUUAUUGCAUUAUCUGUUCCAUUACUUACAAUAUGGAAUAUUGUACCUUCAUCCAAACCCAUCACCAUCCUUUCACAAAUCAUCACGAACAUAGCGACAUUGACUACAUAUUUUCUAUUCACCGGCUUGAGCAGCUUAAUAUUUGCAGCUCAUUUUAGACGUCAUUUGAUGGUCUGGAAAAUCUUUGCGCCACGAUACAUGUUGAGCGCCAUGUUAAUUGUUUUAGUCAAUGUGUUUGUGAUUACCGCAACAAUGUGGGGUUCAGGAAAGGUACUAAGACAAGUUAAUAGAAUAUUCGGUAAAUAG